AUAUAUAUACUGUAUAUAUAUUAUUUUUUAAAUUAAAUACUCCCAACUAAGGACAGGAGAGUCACUUCUCUCUCUCUCUCUCUCUCUCUCUCUGUGUCCUGAUCCUUCUGCCUUUCUUCCUCCUUUGGGAGCCAUGGCUCGCCCUCUCUCCUUGAACCCCUCUUUCCUACCUCCGACUUACGGGGUGCUGAAGUCGCUGCUGGAAAACCCGCUCAAGCUCCCGCUGCAGCAUGAAGACGCAUUUUAUAAAGAGAAAGACAAAGAGAAAAAGUUGGAUGAUGACAAUACCAGUGCCACUGUCCCACAGUCGGCUUUCCUGGGUCCGACAUUAUGGGACAAGACGCUUCCCUAUGAUGGUGACACUUUCCAAUUGGAAUACAUGGAUCUGGAAGAGUUUCUCUCAGAGAAUGGCAUUCCGCCCAGCCCAGCUCAGCAUGACCACAGCCCUCACCAACCUGCUCUUCAGCAAGCUACCUCAGCAACACCACCUUCUGUCAUGGACCUCAGCAGCAGAGCAUCCACAUCGGUCCACCCAACCAUGGUUUCUCAGAACUGCAUGCAGAGUCCAGUCAGGCCAGGUCAGAUCUUGCCUACAAAUCGCAACACACCAAGUCCCAUUGAUCCAGAGACCAUUCAGGUUCCAGUGGGGUAUGAACCUGACCCUGCUGAUCUCGCCCUCUCCAGCAUUCCCGGCCAGGAGAUGUUUGAUCCUCGUAAGCGCAAGUUCUCCGAGGAAGAGCUCAAACCACAGCCAAUGAUUAAGAAAGCCCGCAAAGUUUUCAUCCCAGAAGACCUGAAGCAGGAUGACAAAUACUGGGCAAGGCGUAGAAAGAACAAUAUGGCCGCCAAGCGAUCCCGAGAUGCCCGGAGGCUGAAGGAGAACCAGAUUGCCAUCCGCGCUUCAUUCCUCGAGAAAGAGAACUCGGCACUACGCCAGGAAGUGGCCGAUCUACGGAAAGAGCUUGGCAAAUGCAAGAAUGUCCUUGCCAAGUACGAAGCCCGGCAUGGCCCUCUGUAAAUGGCAUUCUUCUCACCCCACUUUCCGUUUGUUCCUCUCUUCCUUUCCCUUCUAUCCUGCUGCCUUUUUUUCUUUCUUUUUCUUUUUCUUUUUGGUGGUGAGUUGACAUUUGAAUAGAUGGACAGUGUGUUUCCUUUUUGAUAGCACCACACCCAAACCAACCUUUCAGUCAUCAGCACUUUACCGGAACGCAGAAACAAAAACCAAUGUACAACUUUUUUUUUGUUUGUGUGUGUGUGCGCGCGCGUGGGGGGAGGGCAUGCGUGUAUGUAUGUGAGAGGGUGCAUGUGUAUCUCAGCACUUUCCUUUUUUUAUGAAACCCUCUAAUCAGGGUGGCAUAUUUUCACUUGGAGGUCUGAGAUCUGCCACAGUAAGCUUUUUAUUACAUAAAUAAAUAUAUAAAGAUAUAUGUAUGUAUGUAUGUAUUUUUUCCCCACUGCUGCUUCAGAGUAGAUAUAUUUUAUCUUGCCAUCCUCUUGAUUUACUUGGGGAAGAAAUGACAAAAAAAGAAAAGUACAGUAAAAUAAGUCUCCCCUGUAUAAACAGGAGAAAUAAGAAGAAAGAGAGAGGGAGACAGAGAGAGGCUGAUCUCUUUUCAAUCUGUUGUUUAAAUAUGCUUAAUCAGAUAAUUUUAACUUGCUAAUAAAAUGCACAAAUGACAUUUUAAUACUCCACUGCAGAAAUAUUAAUUUAUAGACUUGCUUCCCUUUUGUCAGUUUCUUUUUGUGUUCCUAUGUUCUGGUAAUAAAAUGUAUUUUCAGAUUCAUACUGCUGUUAGUAGUUCUCCAGCUGGUAGAUCUCAGACGGAACAGCUAUGUUUCCUUUAAUUGCCAUGAACUCUGAAAUAAAUUGAAAUGAGUACUACAGACAAAUCACAACAGGGUAGGGUGGGGAGGUUUGGCGCAUUGCCUGAACCUAAGCAAUAAUCCUGUUGUACACUAGUGCAUGUUGUCUACGAUGUUCCUAGUGGACAUAGGAUGACUUCCCUACCUAAUCAAAUAACUUUUAACUGCUGUUGUUGGUUUUUGUUUUUAAACAGAAAUUGUAUAGACUAGUUGACAGGCUGCUAUAAAAAUUCCUGAAACAGUGAAGGGAAAACAAAGCCUUGACCUCAGAAAUCUUUGCACAACUAAUCAGAGUUAUUUUCUUGCCUUAGGCGCAUUUAAAUUUUUGAUUCCCGUUCUGUUUCUUAUGUGAGCACAAUGUUCAAUUAGUAACCACUCACUAGGACAUUUCUAAAUAUUUAACAUUCUUGACUUCUUUUACACUUCUUUACAACUGUUUCUAUGCCUCUGGGAAUCACUGAAGAAUGUGAAGCUCCUGAGGCACAAACAAGGUUAAAACACAGUCAAAAGGUGUGCAGGCCAUAGGAACUGGGAUAAUACAAGCUGCCCUCCAGUUGUGACACCACCAAACAUUGCCUAUUUUUGCCUUGAUGGUGAGGCCAACUCUUGGGAUUUAUAUUGCUGCUGGGCCUGCUGAAUUCCACCCCCUUUCUGCUCCAGAGGGGUGGGCAACUUGGACUUUCUAGAUGUAGUUGACCUACAAUUCUCAUUAAUAUUGCUAGGUUUCCAAAAGAGCCAUAAGUUAUAGUCAAAAUUAAUGACGCACAGGGUUGACAAUCAAGACGUACCUGUUGACAAGUUUAUUUUGUACAAAAUUACUAAAUGAAAGUAUUGAUUUCAGUUCACUUAACCAUGUAUUUUCCUGUAAAAUUAAUGUGCCUUUAAGUCAUUUCUGGCUUAUGGCAAUGCUUUUAUGGGAUUUUUUUGGCAGAAUUUGUUCAGAGAGGGUUUGUCCUGAGGCUGAGAGAGUGUAACUUGCCAAGGCCACGCAGUGGGUGUCCAUGGCUGAGUGGGAAUUUGAAUCCUGGUUUCCCAGAACCCUAGUCAGACACUCAAACCACUACACCACAUUGGCUCUUAAAAUUAACACGCUAUCCACAAUUAUAAUUACAUGAUGAUCACAGGAAACAUAUGGUCACAUAGCAAAAUAGAAAACAGCAAAAAUCCACAAAACAGUGGAUUUAAUUGGCCAACAGUGGAGACUUUUAAUCGGCCAACCAAAAUGCACAAUAAACAUGUCACAAGCUUUGAAGCUCCACUGGCUUCUUCAUCAGACAAAGAUGGUAAGAAUCAUGCAGGAGGGAAAAAAUUGACAAUGAUGGUCAAACUUAUGGAGGACUCACAUCCCAAAAUACAGAAUUUUUAAAUUUUAUUUUAUUUUUGGAAUCUUGUUUAGUCCAUGUAAAAGGAAAUGCUUUGCAACUCUCAAAUCUGGAACAUUUCCCAGUCCUAUAAAGGAUGAGCUUUCCAGCCCUCAAAUAAAGGUUAUCCCUUAUAAUAAGGGACACUUAGGCCCAGUACAGACGGGCCGUUUGCGGCAAUAGAAGGGCUCGAUACGGUGCAGCAUCCAUAUGCACUGAGCCCUACUAUUGGCACCAUUAUGUCACAAGGCUGCGGCCUCACCCACACAGGGCGCAGCCUCGUGACAUAAGGGCACCCGAGCGCCCUAAUGGCUCUGGGCGGAAAAGCCGUCAUUGCAGUCCUUAUGACAGUGCAAAAAAGGGCGGCUCCCUUUAGACAACAUGUCUGUGCUGCAGCAUGCGAAUGCUGCAGCACAGACGCAGGGUAAAGAUGGCCGGCACGGAGCCGCCCAUCUGUACUGCCUCUCAGUAACCCUAAUUCCCAUUAGCAUGAGGAAUGGUGGAAGUUGCAGUUCAACAAUAUCUGAAGGUGACAGUUGUUCGCCCACUGCUCUGCCAGCUGCUGGUAUGGUCCAGAAUGAUGCUCCUAGGUUCAAUCAGUGGGAAGAGGAUGAGAUAGUCUCUCCCACUCACUUGUCAGAUGAUGCAUUUAUGUCCUUGGGUACAAGGAUGUACUGUCUUCGACCCAAGUGACAACAUAUACAAGAAAGACCCAAGAUAAUUCAACAGAGCAAAAUCAAAACAUUCAAACAAUCAGUGGAAAAGGCUGUUUUUGUAUUCUUACUACAGUAUGUCAACCCACAUUUGCAUUUCUCAAAGUCUUGGUUUUGUGACUGAUGUUUUUCUUCAACAUUUCUGUAAUAUGUUUUCUGUGGACUUCUCCUUUGUUGUUUUUCUGAUUGUUUUGAUACAGUCAGAAGUUACUUUUGCCACCUCCUUUUUCCUUGUGAUGUUGUUUUGAUUGUAUCAUGAGCUGGUGGUUCUUGAGCUUUUUUUCCUGUUGUUUUUAGCUUUGAUUUGCUUUCUAAAUUUGUGUUAUAUUAUGAAAUGGACUUUUGAGGAGGGGGGCAGGGAAAACGAAUGUAAGAGUUGCAGGUAUACAUUGAAAGGUGAUGGUGUUGUACUAUGGUUAAUCCAAUCCAUAUACAAGUUUUCUGAAGACCAAAAGAAACUGAUUAUUAUCAAGUGCAUAAAGUUAUACAGAAUCA